AUGACCAAAACGCCUGGAAUCCCACUGCAAGAUGUCACAAGCACCGCCCGGACUUCUCCAACCGCAGCCCCAAUCGCAAGUGCCCCCGCCGGACCAACCAAUCAGCAACUCAGAGACGGUGAGGCACAACAGGAUGACGACCUUCCACCCGGUUAUCCGAAACUAGCCGAACGGAUGGGCGUUGCUCCAGAGACUGCCGCUUUUCGGCGAUUUGGCUUCUUGAACAAACUGAACCUGUUGUAUCUUCAAGCUGAGCUGAUGGAUAUCGAAGACCAACUCAAAGACUUGCAGAAAGAAGAUCAUGGCAAAUCCGGCUGUGAGCAAUAUUAUGCUACAGACUGGUUCUAUUUCAAAGAUGGGGAUCAUCCUCAAGCAAAACUCGUUCACGAUGCCCGGGAGAAGCUCGACAAAUAUAAUAGAGCACUCAUCCAACAAUCUCAUAUUCUGCCCAUGAAGCCGCCUGGAAGAUCUGAUUUGGGUCACAUCCAAAAAUACCUUGCGUCAAGACACAUGGGGCCUUUCGCUCUCGAUGGUAUUGAUGCUGAGGUGUGGGGGACUAUCAAAAAGCCCGAUGGCUACGAACCCGAUAUAGUCGCACUCCUACCACGGCCGAAAGAAGACAUGUUCUCCAACCUCAUUAUGGGCAAGUGCAUGGAGAAGUGGUUCAAAUGGGGGUUCGAUCGAUUUCGAAAACCAUCUAUUAAUGGUCUUGUCCAGUAUGAGGAAAGUACGCUUCUCCGCCUUACCUCUUUGAUAUCAACUACCCUAGCCUCUCUGCUUCCAAUCGCCUCUAUUGUGGUUCUGUAUUCCGUCCAGUCCAUGAAGGCACGUCUAGGGAUCAUCGCGGCCUUCAACGUGUUGAUUUCUCUUUGCCUGGCCAUCUUUACUACGGCCAAGCGGACUGAUAUCUUUGCCGUGGUAGCAGCAUUUUCUGCUGUUCAGGUGGUCUUCGUCCAAGCCGGAGGGGAUUGCUCGGGGUGGCGCGAAUGA